AUGAGCCUGAUGGGGAGACUCUUCAUCGAGAAUCGGCCAAGCUUGUUAGUCAUCCAGAAGAUUGUCACAAAUGCUUGGGAACGCCGUAAGAAGGUCCAGGUGUUGGAGGCGGAGAUGGGUCUCCUUCAAUUCUUGUUUGACGAUGCUGAGGACAUGGAAUGGGUGUUGAAGUGCAUGCCUUGGCCGGUCAAGGACCGGGUCUGCAACUCCAGCGCUGGACACCAGUUACGGAGGAGGUGUUUGACUCCCUCGGACUUGCGCCUCUCUGGGUUCAGAUGUGGGGGAUCCCCUCCCACUGCCGCAUUUGUUUCUUCAUUGUCCAGUGGCUAA